AUGUGGCUGCUGGUGCCCAGUCCUGGGGUUCUCAGUGGUGGUUCAGGAAUGGCCCUGGGACACAGGAUGGGAGCAGAGGUGGCUCACAACCACUCCUGGAGUUCAGAUGAUGGAAAAUUGUCCUUUGAAGAAUUCAAAGCAUAUUUUGCAGAUGGUGUUCUGAGUGGAGAAGAGUUACGUGAGCUCUUCCAUAGCAUUGAUAUACAUAAUACCAACAAUCUUGACACAGAAGAACUAUGUGAAUAUUUUUCUCAGCAUUUGGGCGAGUAUGAGAAUGUACUAACAGCACUCGAAGACUUAAAUCUUUCCAUCCUGAAGGCAAUGGGAAAAACAAAAAAAGACUACCAAGAGGCCUCCAAUUUGGAACAAUUUGUAACUCGAUUUUUACUGAAAGAGACCUUGAAUCAACUGCAGUCUCUCCAGAACUCUCUGGAAUGUGCUAUGGAAAUUACUGAAGAGCAAACUCGUCAAGAAAGACAAGGGCCAACCAAACCAGAAGUCCUGUCGAUUCAAUGGCCUGGAAAACGAUCAAGUCGUCGAGUCCAGAGACACAACAGUUUCUCCCCCAACAAUCCUCAGUUUAAUGUCUAUGGUGCAGGCUUAUUAGAAGAUAACCAGUGGAUGACCCAGAUAAACAGACUCCAGAAAUUAAUUGAUAGACUGGAAAAGAAGGAUCUUAAACUUGAACCUCUAGAAGAAGUUAUUGAAGGGAAUACUAAACCUCACAUCAUGCUUGUGCAGCGUCAGAUGUCUGUGAUAGAAGAGGACUUGGAAGAAUUCCAACUCGCUCUGAAACACUAUGUGGAGAGCGCUUCCUCUCAAAGUGGUUGCUUGCGUAUUUCUAUACAGAAGCUUUCAAAUGAAUCUCACUACACAAUUUACGAGUUCUGGGAGAAUAGUAGUGUGUGGAAUAGCCACCGUCAGACGAAUUAUAGCAAGACCUUCCAAAGAAGUAACGUGGAUUUCUUGGAAACUCCAGAACUCACAUCUACUAUGCUAGUUCCUGCUUCAUGGUGGAUCCUGAACAACUAG